CGAGCCCAGCCGCCCGCGCCGUGUGGAGCCCGGGCGGGGCAGCCGCGGCCCAUGGAGCCCGCCGGCCCGGCCCCCGGCCGCCUCGGGCCGCUGCUCUGCCUGCUGCUCGCCGCGUCCUGCGCCUGGUCAGGGUCACACUGCAAGCAUCGCUUCAUCGCCUCCAGGUUUCAUCUGAACCCGGCAAAUGCUCCAUAGGGCUCCCAGCGCCGCCUGUCCCCGCUGCCUCCUUGCCAGCAGUGUGCUCAGCCUGCUUACAGGCCCAUGCCAGAGGGGCCUCAGGCAUGCAUCGAGGCAGAGCUGGUUCUGCCUCGGAGAGGAUCCCGAGCCUCUCAGGCUUAAGGACGUGGUCAUCUGUCGCCCCCUUCAUCUUUAGACACCCAUCUGCAUGGUGACAGCUGCUCUGCAUUGAGUACUUACUCUGUGCCAGGCACGCUAGCCCGUUUCAUCCUCAGAACAACCCUGGUAUUGUCAUCAUCAUCAUCAUCAUCAUCAUCAUCAUCAUCAUGAGACCCAUUCUACAGAUAAAGAGCCAGAGGUCCAGAGUGGGCGAGACAUUUCCUGGAGUCUCAUGGGUAGCAGAGUUGGAAUCCAAAUCAAAACCUACUUUCAGCCAGUGCCAGGCACUGCUCCAACCCUGGGGAAGAAAACUCAGUUCCUGCUCUCAAAGGACUUACAAGAGUGGCGGGUGAGGAGGAGCUGCAGGUGAUUCAGCCUGAGAAGUCCGUGUUGGUUGCAGCUGGAGAGACGGCCACUCUGCGCUGCACUGCGACCUCUCUGAUCCCUGUGGGGCCCAUCCAGUGGUUCAGAGGAGCUGGACCAAGCCGGGAAUUAAUCUACAAUCAAAAAGAAGGCCACUUUCCCCGGGUAACAACUGUUUCAGACCUCACAAAGAGAAACAACAUGGACUUUUCCAUCCGCAUCGGUAACAUCACCCCAGCAGAUGCCGGCACCUACUACUGUGUGAAGUUCCGGAAAGGGAGCCCCGACGACGUGGAGUUUAAGUCUGGAGCAGGCACUGAGCUGUCUGUGCGCGCCAAACCCUCUGCCCCCGUGGUAUCGGGCCCUGCGGCGAGGGCCACACCUCAGCACACAGUGAGCUUCACCUGCGAGUCCCACGGCUUCUCACCCAGAGACAUCACCCUGAAAUGGUUCAAAAAUGGGAAUCAGCUCUCAGACUUCCAGACCAACGUGGACCCCGUAGGAGAGAGCGUGUCCUACAGCAUCCACAGCACAGCCAAGGUGGUGCUGACCCGCGAGGACGUUCACUCUCAAGUCAUCUGCGAGGUGGCCCACGUCACCUUGCAUGGGGACCCUCUUCGUGGGACUGCCAACUUGUCUGAGGCCAUCCGAGUUCCACCCACCUUGGAGGUUACUCAACAGCCCCUGAGGGCAGAGAACCAGGUGAAUGUCACCUGCCAGGUGAGGAAGUUCUACCCCCAGAGCCUACAGCUGACCUGGUUGGAGAAUGGAAACGUGUCCCGGACAGAAACGGCCUCAACCCUUACAGAGAACAAGGAUGGUACCUACAACUGGAUGAGCUGGCUCCUGGUGAAUGUAUCUGCCCACAGGGAUGAUGUGAAGCUCACCUGCCAGGUGGAGCAUGACGGGCAGCCAGCGGUCAGCAAAAGCCAUGACCUGAAGGUCUCAGCCCACCCGAAGGAGCAGGGCUCAAAUACCGCCGCUGAGAACACUGGAUCUAAUGAACGGAACAUCUAUAUUGUGGUGGGUGUGGUGUGCACCUUGCUGGUGGCCCUACUGAUGGCGGCCCUCUACCUCGUCCGAAUCAGACAGAAGAAAGAUCCUUUUUUUGGAAAGUGGUGGCAUGUAAAUAAAUGGAUGCUCAGCCCAACCCUGCAAGUUAUAGAAGCUCAGAGAGAGGAAGUGACCCACCCGGGGUCACAUGCCCAGGGCUCCACUUCUUCUACAAGGUUGCAUGAGCCCGAGAAGAAUGCCAGAGAAAUAACACAGGUACAGUCCUUGGACACAAAUGAUAUCACAUAUGCGGACCUGAACCUGCCCAAGGGGAAGAAGCCUGCUCCCCAGGCUGCGGAGCCCAACAACCACACGGAGUAUGCCAGCAUUCAGACCAGCCCGCAGCCCGCGUCGGAGGACACCCUCACCUAUGCUGACCUGGACAUGGUCCACCUCAACCGGACCCCCAAGCAGCCGGCCCCCAAGCCUGAGCCGUCCUUCUCAGAGUAUGCCAGCGUCCAGGUCCCGAGGAAGUGAAUGGGACCGUGGUUUGCUCUAGCACCCAUCUCUACGCGCUUUCUUGUCCCACAGGGAGCCGCCGUGAUGAGCACAGCCAACCCAGUUCCCGGAGGGCUGGGGCGGUGCAGGCUCUGGGACCCAGGGGCCAGGGUGGCUCUUCUCUCCCCACCCCUCCUUGGCUCUCCAGCACUUCCUGGGCAGCCACGGCCCCCUCCCCCCACCUUGCCACACACCUGGAGGCUGACGUUGCCAAACCAGCCAGGGAACCAACCUGGGAAGUGGCCAGAACUGCCUGGGGUCCCAGAAGUCUUGUGCCUCCGUCCAUCACCAUGUGGGUUUUGAAGACCCUCGACUGCCUCCCCGAUGCUCCGAAGCCUGAUCUUCCAGGGUGGGGAGGAGAAAAUCCCACCUCCCCUGACCUCCACCACCUCCACCACCACCACCACUACCACCACCCAACUGGGGCUAGAGUGGGGAAGAUUUCCCCUUUAGAUCAAACUGCCCCUUCCAUGGAAAAGCUGGAAAAAAACUCUGCAACCCGUAUCCAGGCUUGGUGAGGUUCCUGCCAACAGUCCUGGCCUCCCCCAUCCCUAGGCUAAAGAGCCAUGAGUCCUGGAGGAGGAGAGGACCCCUCCCAAAGGACUGGAGACAAAACCCUCUGCUUCCUCGGGUCCCUCCAAGACUCCCUGGGGCCCAACUGUGUUGCUCCACCCGGACCCAUCUCUCCCUUCUAGACCUGAGCUUGCCCCUCCAGCUAGCACUAAGCAACAUCUCGCUGUGGACGCCUGUAAAUUACUGAGAAAUGUGAAAUGUGCAAUCUUGAAACUGAGGUGUUAGAAAACUUGAUCUGUGGUGUUUUGUUUUGUUUUUUUCUUAAAACAACAGCAACGUGAUCUUGGCUGUCUGUCAUGUGUUGAAGUCCAUGGUUGGGUCUUGUGAAGUCUGAGGUUUAACAGUUUGUUGUCCUGGAGGGAUUUUCUUACAGCGAAGACUGAGUUCCUCCAAGUCCCAGAACCCCAAGAAUGGGCAAGAAGGAUCAGGUCAGCCGCUCCCUGGAGACACAGCCUUCUGGCUGGGACUGACUUGGCCAUGUUCUCAGCUGAGCCACGCGGCUGGUACUGCAGCCUUCUGUGACCCCGCUGUGGUAAGUCCAGCCUGCCCAGGGCUGCUGAGGGCUGCCUCUUGACAGUGCAGUCUUAUCGAGACCUAACGCCUCAGUCUGCUUAUCCGUAAAGUGGGGAUAGUGAAGAUGACACCCCUCCCCACCACCUCUCAUAAGCACUUUAGGAACACAUAGAGGGUAGGGAUAGUGGCCCUGGCCGUCUAUCCUACCCCUUUAGUGACCGCCCCCAUCCCGGCUUUCUGAGCUGAUCCUUGAAGAAGAAAUCUUCCAUUUCUGCUCUCAAACCCUACUGGGAUCAAACUGGAAUAAAUUGAAGACAGCCAGGGGGAUGGUGCAGCUGUGAAGCUCGGGCUGAUUCCCCCUCUGUCCCAGAAGGUUGGCCAGAGGGUGUGACCCAGUUACCCUUUAACCCCCACCCUUCCAGUCGGGUGUGAGGGCCUGACCGGGCCCAGGGCAAGCAGAUGUCGCAAGCCCUAUUUAUUCAGUCUUCACUAUAACUCUUAGAGUUGAGACGCUAAUGUUCAUGACUCCUGGCCUUGGGAUGCCCAAGGGAUUUCUGGUUCAGGCUGUAAAAGUAGCUGAGCCAUCCUGCCCAUUCCUGGAGGUCCUACAGGUGAGACUGCAGGAGCUCAGCAUAGACCCAGCUCUCUGGGGGAUGGUCACCUGGUGAUUUCAAUGAUGGCAUCCAGGAAUUAGCUGAGCCAACAGACCAUGUGGACAGCUUUGGCCGGAGCUCCCGUGUGGCAUCUGGGAGCCACAGUGACCCAGCCACCUGGCUCAGGCUAGUUCCAAAUUCCAAAAGAUUGGUUUGUAAACCUUCGUCUCCCUCUCUUUUACCCAGAGACAGCACAUACGUGUGCACACGCAUGCACACACACAUUCAGUAUUUUAAAAGAAUGUUUUCUUGGUGCCAUUUUCAUUUUAUUUUAUUUUAAUUCUUGGAGGGGGAAAUAAGGGAAUAAGGCCAAGGAAGAUGUGUAGCUUUAGCUUUAGCCUGGCAACCUGGAGAAUCCACAUACCUUGUGUAUUGAACCCCAGGAAAAGGAAGAGGUUGAACCAACCCUGCGGAAGGAGCAUGGUUUCAGGAGUUUAUUUUAAGACUGCUGGGAAGGAAACAGGCCCCAUUUUGUAUAUAGUUGCAACUUAAACUUUUUGGCUUGCAAAAUAUUUUUGUAAUAAAGAUUUCUGGGUAAUAAUGA